UAUUUUUAGUUUAGCAGUUUUGAGCGAGUGGGUCCGGCGCUUUACUGCGAAUAUGUUAUGUUAGUGUUCAGGUGGUGCGUGUUGUGAAAAACAAAGUUCUCGUAACGAUUCCUCCGGUAUUUCGUGAUUAUGAUAAACGCCAAUGUACAGCUCUGGUUACUCUUAUAAUCGCUACCGUCCGAAUAGGGACAUUUCGCGGGAAACGGUCCGGCGACCAGAGGAUCUGAGCUGGAGCUACGGGGGGUCUUCAUGGGUGUACCGACCCUCGGGCAUGCCUAUAAAAUCCACCAGUAGCACCAAACCUUUCGAUUCCUAUUCAUCCACCAACUCCAACAAUGUCAAUACCACGACAACAUCUCAAAGACCGAGAUAUACUCGAUCUUCAACAACCAGCAAUGUUGCGCAGUUGCUUAGCGAUUCAUGUUCGAGCCUGCUGCAGAAGCUCACCACUAGGGUCCGGGGGCUUUCCACUACUGUAGAAAGACAACUUUCGUCUUCGGAUACUGUGCCUUUAACAUCAAGCUCUUCAUCAAAAUCGUCGAAUUCCGGCUUCCUUCCUUUAACAACCAGUAAAAGUACUACUGUUGUACCUAAUUUCGGACAUACCAUAUCAAGGUUAGAAGACAAAUAUUCCUCAGUUUUGGAUAAAAUAUACAAAAAACAAAACAAGGACCCGGAAAAAACUCCGGUGCCUCCUGGAAGGGCUUUGACCAAGAGUUCUACAACUACCAAUAUCUUUUAUCCAGAAAAAUCGAUCUAUAAUAACAUCAGCAACGAUCAUACAGUCUACAGAAGGGAAAAGACCCCCUACAAAGAGAGCAGGAAGUCAUUGCACAAUACGAGGCACUAUCCAGAGCCCCAAUACGUUUACUUAGAUAAGGAUUCAGCUUAUAGAGUUCGACAUAAGUCAAAUCAUUCCGAGCUGCGCCCCAGGAGAUCUUCGAAACCUAAUCAUAGGAAUGGAUUAAGUGAGGUAAAGAUAAACGACAGAAAAGCUACGUCUGGUCUGAAACUAUGCCCCGUGGAAAUCAAGUACCAUGAACAACCAGCCCAGGUACACUCCAACUUCGAGAAAACUCUCAGUCCCCCCGCGAUACGGAACAACGAUAAGGAGCUUACCACGAUCCCUAGUGCUCCAGACACCGAAACACAACGUGAAGCGAAAAGGGUAGAGAUCCAGAACUUGAUAGCAAAGUAUUCGGCCUUGGAUGAAGCGUAUAAGUUGAAUGACAGCGCUUACAGUUCUGCGGCUAGUACAUCCAGUACCAGUUCCAAGCCCAGCGUGCUGGCUAGUGUUACGCAGAAGUACUACCCCAAUCUGGCGCCUGCGGCUUCAGCACCUCUAGAAGAUGAUGAGGAGGGCCACUUGUUGUACAAAGCUGGUGAUACGCUCAAAGAACGAUAUAGAAUUAUCGGAACUUUAGGGGAGGGAACGUUUGGAAAAGUUGUCAAAGUGAAGGAUCUCAAAAAAGACUGCCUUAGAGCUUUAAAAAUAAUUAAGAAUGUGGAGAAGUACAGAGAAGCUGCCAAACUUGAAAUUAACGUAUUAGAAAAGUUGGCAGAGAAGGAUCCAGAAUGUGUAAAUUUAUGUGUAAAAAUGUUGGACUGGUUCGACUAUUAUGGCCAUAUGUGUAUUACUUUUGAAAUGUUAGGACUAAGCGUUUUCGACUUUUUGAAAGAUAACAAUUACCAACCGUAUCCACUAGAGCAAGUUAGACAUAUCGGAUAUCAGUUGUGUUAUUCAGUCAAAUUCCUUCACGAGAACCGGCUGACGCAUACAGAUCUCAAACCGGAAAAUAUACUCUUUGUAGACUCAUCAUACGACUUGGUGUACGAUGUUAAAAAGAGGAAAGACGUGCGGAGGGUAAAAAGAACUGACGUGAGAUUAAUAGACUUCGGUAGUGCUACAUUCGACCACGAACAUCAUAGUACGAUAGUGUCGACACGUCACUAUAGAGCACCAGAAGUUAUUUUGGAAUUAGGAUGGUCUCAACCGUGCGAUGUGUGGUCGAUAGGCUGUAUAUUAUUCGAAUUGUACCUAGGUAUUACGUUGUUCCAGACUCACGAUAAUAGAGAACAUUUAGCGAUGAUGCAAAGGAUCAUAGGAGAAAUUCCAAUCAGUAUGGCGAAACGAACGAAGACAAGGUACUUCUACAAAGGAAAACUGGAAUGGGAUGAAAAGAGUGCAGCGGGGCGAUAUGUUAAAAACAAUUGUAAACAUUUAUCGAAAUACAAACAGUCCGAAGAAUCGGAUCACAACACUCUCUUCGAUCUUAUUUUCCGAAUGUUAGAAUACGAUCCUGCCGAAAGGAUCUCUUUGCGAGAUGCGUUGCUUCAUCCGUUCUUCGCCAAAGUCACCCGCGGCCAACAAUACGCAGACGAGGCCGUUUCUCUUGCCAGGCCGUGCAGGAGUCUAUCCAGAUGAAACUGGAUAUAUUUUAAAUUAAUUUUGUAAAUGUACGAAACGUUUCUUUACUUGUACAGAGAGUAUCUUUUAUUAAGAAGGACGAUAGAAAUUCUGUAGGAAUUGACCUGUCGAAUAAUUUAAUGAAGACGUUUGAUUGAAGAAAAAAAAUAUAAAUUAUAAACCGCCAAGAUAUUUUGAUAAUUCGCUAGAUAAACGGCUAUAUGAUCCACUGUCGAAUCCAUAAUCCGCUUACACAGCGAUAAUACGCUGCCUAGGCGAUCAUCCGCUACUAUAACGCUAAUCCGUUGCUUCGACGAUAAUCCGUUGUAGAAUCGAUAUAUUAUUUUACAUUAAUAACCGGCUUAAAUAAAAGUGAAAUUAAUAAAUAAAGAGAAAUAUUAUAGAUUGGACGAUUAAACUAUUUUCUGUAAUACUGUUUUUUUUUAUAUUAAUUGACAAUGAGAGUUAUUGUUAACUAUUGCCUACUGUGUGUAUAAUUUUAAUUAUUUUAGUUACCAAAGACAGUUAAACGUUACUACAGAAUUUCUAUCAGUAUUUGAACAAAUAUGCCGAUUGACUCGUUCCAGCCACAUCGUAAAUGUUAUAAGUAAUUUUUAUUUUAAUCUUCUGUGACUUCUGAAUAGAUGGCGCCACUCAAAGUGGGUAUAGCUUAUAUGUACAGUUGUGGUCAUUGAAUAGUUUGCACCCUUACAUAUCUAGUAGCCGGUAUUUUAAGUUUUGUCUCGUUUAAACGGACAUUUUACGUCAAAAUAGCGUUAAUUGCCAGUAGCGGACCCAGAGUAGGUUGAUUAAAAUUAAAAAAUCAAAAUAAAGGGUAACUAACUAAACAAAAAAUAUAUCAUUAUAAAUGUAAAAAUAAAAGUGGAAACUGUAAAGUAUUGAGUGACCACAGCUGUACAUAUUAUACAGGGUGUCCCGAAAAGAUUGGUCAUAAAUUAUACCACAAAUUUUGGGCUCAAAAAUAGAUUGAUUGAACCUCACUUACCUAUAUACAAUAGUGCACACAAAAAAGUUACAGCCCUUUGAAGUUACAAAAUGAAAAUCGAUUUUUUUUCAUAUAUCGAAAACUCUCAGAGAUUUUUAUUGAAAAUAGACAUGUGGAAUUUUUAUGGCAGCAACAUUUAAAAAAAAAUUAAAGUGAAAUUUUUGCACCCCAUAAAAAUUUUAUAGGGUUUUGUUCCCUUAAACUCCCCCAAACUUUUGUGUACGUUCUAAUUGAAUUAUUAUUGUGGCACCAUUAGUUAAACACAAUAUUUCUAAAACUUUUUUGCCUCUUAGAACUUUUUCGAUAAGUCAGUGUUUAUCGAGAUAUUUUGAAUAUUUGUAGAAUCCACCACAUAUUUGUAUAUGGUUAAGUACGGUUAUAGAGACCUGUUAAUAAUCUGAAAAUUUAUUUAUAAUUUACAUUUUUAGGUAUAUUUUGAAAAAGAAGCUACAUCUCGAUAAAAGGUGACUUAUAAAAAAAGACUAAGAGGCAAAAGUCUUAAAAACACUGUGUUUAACUAAUUGUACCACAAUAAUAGUUUAAUUGGAACGUACACAAACAUUUGGGGGGUUUAAAGGAACAAAACCCCCAUAAAAUUUUUACGUAAAUAUUUUGAAAAAGAAGCCGCAUCUCGAUAAAAACUGGCUUAUCGAAAAAAUACUAGGAGGCAAAAAAGUUUUAAAAACGUUGUAUUUAACUAAUGGUACCACAAUAAUGAAUUAAUUGGAACGUACACAAAAGUUUCACUAUAAUUUUGUUUUAAGGCUAUGGGUACAUAAUUCGCAAAUAUUUUACGUGUAUCCCUACUUUUUCUGUCUUUACACGGCAAAUUACGUGUAGUAAAAUUCACACUGGUGUGGAUAUGUAAACAUUACUAGAAUGUCAUUCUACUUGAAAAUGUCAUAAUUAAUUUAAAGAGAUGGCUUUUGAAUGUUCUUGGAUAACUGUUAUUUUUAUAAUUGCAAAUUAUUAAUUCAGUUAAUAAAUGUGAUAAUUUUUUCACUAACUAUGUUUUCAGUGAUUGUAAUAAUUUAUUUGUACAACAAAAACUAAUAAUCAAUCGAGAAAAGAGGAAAAGUGUUAAAGUGAUUUUUUUAAUAAUAUGUUGUUAUUUUGGAACGCUUACAAUUUUGAACAUCUCUAACAACAAAAUACUUGGAUCACAGGAUAUAUCUGAUGUAUUCUCUGCUUGGAUCUUUCACAAAUAAUACACAAUAAAUAACUUUUUAUUAAGUUCACGUCUUAAAUCAAUUAUUUAUCAAAUACACUAUAUGUCAAUAAUAUUUAAUCAAUUUCUCAAAAUAUUCCCGAUGCAAUGUCAAAUAUUUAAAAUUGUCACUGAUUGUCAGUGUCUGACUGACAAUAUAUGCUGACAAUAUUAUAUUCGGUUGAGUGCGUUGUAAGACAAAGACAGAUUUGGAAAAUAUUACCACGGCAUUGUGUUCAUUUUUUUCAAAUCCUGAAAAAACCAAUAAAUAUUUUUGAAAAAUUUAAACGCAGAAUGAAAGACUAAAUUAUUACCGAGGGCCGAAAGUCCCUUAGAAUAAAUAAAAAGUUUAUUUUGAAUGAGAUAUUUGAAUUUAAAAAUCACACUAAAUUUUCUCUUAGUUUUUUCACCCCUGUAACUUAUUAAAAUAAACAUUGUAGAAGUUCUCAGGGACUUUCGGCCCUCGCUAAUAACGUAAUCUUUCAUUCUGCGUUUAAAUUUUUCCAAAAUACUUAUUAGUUUUCUCAGGAUUUGAAAAAAAUGAAUCCCCAUUUGAAUAGCAUUGCAGCCGAAAAUACGUUCCGAUCCUCUUAAGAUGUUCCUGCCAUAAGGAUGAUACAUGUCCAUUUUCAAUAAAAAAAAUCUCUAACAGUUUUUGAUAAAUAUAUUGAAAACAAUUGAUUUUCAUUUUGUAACUUCAAAGGGCUGUAACUUUUUUUAUGAGCACAUUUGUACUAAGGUAAGUUAGGUUCACUCGAACUAUUUUUGACCCCAGAAUGUGUGGUAUAAUUUAUGACCAAUCUUUUCGGGACACCCUGUAUAAUUUUCCAAAUAAACUGGUAUUACGUUAAAGUACAUAACACAUGUUUUGUCUCAAAUUAUUCUGAAAUUUGAUAUAAAUAGGAAUAAAAUAAUUAAUCUAUGUGUAGAACGGAUUUAAUUGUGGCGUUUAUUCAAAAAAUGUUUUAUAAAAGAAGAAUUUUCUGGAAAAAUUAAAUACGUUGAAUUAUUGGAGUCACUUCGUGGAUGUUAACAUAAAUCUGAAACCUAAACGAGAGUAUCUUUGAGAGCAAUAUAUACUUUUAUUUUAUAUACUAUUCUUGAGUAUUUUGGGUUUAUAAAUGCUAUAAUAACCAGAAUUAUGUGCAUUAUACCAGAUUAGCUGUCAAUGAGACACUAUUUUUACACGGCCAUGACUGCAAACUCUAAGGAAACAAAAAAUGGACAAAAAAUAAAAAUAAUUAAAAACCUAAAAAAAAUUAAAUAAUAAAGUCAAAAUAAAAUGUGUUUCAUGAGAUUUUGCGUACCGUUAGAUGACUUUUGGAAAAGUUAUUAAAUUUUACAAGCCUUAGUUAAACGCCAGAUAUUAGUUUCAUGAUUCCAUCUCUGUAGGUUCAGGUUCGUUCUAAAAUAAGACGGUUGUAGAAUAUCUUAUAUUCGCUCACAACCGAUUCAAUAAAAUCAUUAGGCACACACUAGUGAGUGCUAAAACUAAAUAAUACACGUAAAGCGUAAACUAUUCACUGACCGCAGCUGUGCCAAAAUGGUCGUUUAAAAAUGAUUUUGCAAAAUUGAUUAUUAAAAUAAUAAUAAAUAAUAAUUUAUAUCUGAAAACUUUAAUAAUUUAUAUCUGAAACCACUGUCUGGUAACAUACUUAAUCUCUGACUUACAAUUUAUAAGACAAGAGACGACGAAUAAAGAAGGCGAAAAGACUCUACAAUAUGCAGUCACAUUCCGCCUUUCGUCUAGGACUGCAUAUUGUAGAGUUCUUUUCGCCUUCUUUAUUCGUCGUCUCUUGUCUUAUAAAUUGUAAAAGUAAGAGAUUAGGGAUAUUACCUGAAAGUGGUUCCACAAAAAGUUUUCAGAUUUAAAUUAUUAUUUAUUAUUAUUUUAAUAAUGAAUUUUGCAUCUGGGACGCAUUAAGAGAUGUCGCUAGUGGAUUAUAAUGUUAUUUUUAUAAUUCACCUUAAAUACGCAGUUUAGUUUGGUUUCGAUUCAGAGAUGUUCAUGUAGCCCCACUGAAGAUGUCUAGAGACAGAAACAGCUAUAUGGGGAUGAUGUACCACCUCUGUGUGGAAAGGAAACAUAAACUGUCUUUCACUUAUUUUUUAUAGAACGCAUUUGUCCUAAUCCGUAUGACGAUAACCGAAUGGUGGAUUAGUAUAUCAAAUAUAAGGGGUUGGAACGAACUUUAGUUCUAUUAGUCUGGGCGCCAAAUAGAGGUGACCGUGUCCUUUUCAAUUCUAAUGGACAAACUCAACGGUUUCAACUGCUGAUUACGAAUUUUGAGGUGGAUUUCGAUCUGAGUGGUCGAAAAAUUGUUAUAAACAAUUUAAUUGUUUAUAAGGCUCUGGCUCAUAAAUUAAAAGAGAUACAAAAAAAUGUUUCAAAUGAAAUUUGUUCCUAAAUAAAAAACGAAGAAAAAAUCGUUUACUAAACUCAAAUCCAAUAAUUAGAACUCAAAAUAUUGGAAUAUUAGUGCACAAUGCAAAUUAGAAAUUGAAAAAUAAGUAUUUUUCGAAGCUUUAUCGAUCGUAACUCGGCUUCUACGCAUGCAAAUGAGCCUUAGAAGGUCUCAUUUUAAAGCUUAAUUAAUAGGUUUGCCUUCAUUUGUUUUAAAGUUACACCCGUUUGAAAUUAUAAUUUUCUUAAAAAAAUUGGACAUUCAUUUGUUUAUAAGGGUUUCAACUUCAAGCAAAUUUGAGCCAUAAACAUUUAUACUUUAAUUAACAAUAAUGAUAGCAGAACUCAAAAGGAACAAUUUGAGCUUAUGAAAAUGUUCGUAAGUUUUUUUUUGGCCAAGAUAUCGAUAUUUUAAUGUCGAGCUGUGAGGAGCAAGAUCGGCUCAUGCUCACAGUGUAAAGGUUCACGUGCUAACUUCUACAUGCAAAUUAUAAUUUCUAUGUAUAUAUAUUCAUUUUUCAUUUUUGAAGAUCCUAAUAAAAUUUUAUAUAAUUCUUAUUUUAAACCAUCAUACUGUACCUCGUAUAACCUUUCAUUCUAUUUACUUUAUCUAUUAUUUUUUGUACUAAAUGAGAAAAAAACGUUAAAAACUAAUAUUUCAGAAAUAUAACUAAAAAAUCAGGCUGAUAUUAUGUAUUAAGAAUAGGCAAGGCCUCCUGAGCAAAAUAAUGUAACACGAGAGCAGUCGAUCGGUGUCUUUACCGCGAUUUUACUUGACUGUGAGCCGAUCUUGCACCCACAGCGCUCCAUUAAAAUAUCGAUAUCUUGGCCACAAAUAAACUUACGAACAUUUUCGUAGGCUCAAAUUGUUCCUUUUGAGUUAUUCUAUAAUUAUUGUUAAUUAAAGUAUAAAUGUUUAUGGCUCAAAUGUGCUUGAAAUCCUUAUAAACAAAUUAAUGUACAAUUUUUUUAAGAAAAUGAUAAAUUCAAAUGGGUAUAACUUUAAAACAAAUGAAGGCAAAAUAAUUUAAGAAACUAUGUUUGGAAACCUAUUAAUUAAGCUUUAAAAUGAUAUCUUCUAAUGCUCAUUUGCAUGCGUAGAAGCCUAGUUACGAUCGAUAAAGCUUCGAAAAAUACUUAUUUUGCAAUUUGAAAUUUGCAUUGUGCACUAAUUUUACAAUAUCUUGAGUUAUAAUUAUUGGAUUAGAGUUUAGUAAACGUUUUUUUCUUCGUUUUGUAGUAAGAAACAAAUUUGUAUCUUUUUAGUUUAUGAGCCAGAGCCUUAUAAACAAUUAAAUUGUUUAUAACAGUCUUUCGACCACUAGGAUCGAAAUCCCCACUCGAAAUUCGUAAUCAGCAGCCAAAAAUCCAUAAGAAACCGUUGAGUUUGUCCAUCAGAAUUAAAAAGGACACGGUGACCCCUCUGGCGCUAGACUAUACAAUUUACUAUCUUCUGUUUCUCGUUCAUUUAUGUGUUGGUUCCGGAGUACGAGUUGACGACAGCGUUGGUUCCAAUUUGUUUCUAAGUUAUGCAUAAUUAAUAUAAGCUUAUAAUGUAUUACACUAAUUGAUAUUAAUCAGUGAUUUACUGUGAUCGAACCAAAAGUGCUUGAUUUAGUUUUGCAAUAUUCUUUAAUGAUAAAGAUGUACAUGUCUUUUACGAAAUAAACAGUAUGAUUCGAA